AUGGCUGCAGCCCUGCAGGUCCUGCGUCACUUGGCCAGAGCCCCCUUGGGCCCACUCCUCUGGGGGGGCCCGUUGGCCCGCCUGGCCAGUAGCAUGGCUCUGGCAGAGCAGGCACGGCAGCUGUUUGAGAGCACUGUGGGUGCAGUGCUGCCCGGCCCCAUGCUGCAGCGGGUCCUGUCCUUGGACCCCGACAGCGGAGAGCUGAAGGUGCGGGACCGGAGCUUUCAGCUGCGGCAGAACGUCUACCUGGUGGGCUUUGGCAAGGCUGUGCUGGGCAUGGCAACUGCAGCCGAGGAGCUCCUGGGCCAGCAUCUUGUGCAGGGCGUGAUCAGCGUUCCCAAGGGGAUCCGUGCAGCCAUGGAGCAUGCUGGCAAGCAGGAGAUGCUGCUGAAGCCACACAGCCGCAUCCAGGUAUUUGAGGGUGCGGAGGACAACCUGCCGGACCGGGACGCUCUGCGGGCUGCUCUGGCCAUCAGGCAGCUGGCCGAAGGCCUCACCGCUGAUGACCUGCUGCUCGUGCUCAUCUCAGGGGGUGGCUCAGCCCUCCUGCCCGCCCCCAUCCCACCUGUCACUCUGGAGGAGAAGCAGACACUAACCAAGCUGCUGGCGGCCCGGGGAGCCACAAUCCAGGAGCUGAACACCAUCCGGAAGGCCCUGUCCCAGCUCAAGGGCGGGGGGCUGGCUCAGGCCGCCUACCCUGCUCAGGUGGUGAGCCUCAUUCUGUCAGACGUGGUGGGGGACCCCAUGGAGGUGAUUGCCAGUGGCCCCACUGUGGCCAGCACCCACAGCGUGCAAGACUGCCUGCACAUCCUCAAUCGCUAUGGCCUUCGCGCUGCCCUGCCACGCUCUGUGAAGACUGUGCUGGCCCGAGCCGACUCUGACCCUCACGGGCCACACACCUGUGGUCACGUCCUCAAUGUGAUCCUUGGCUCCAACGCACUGGCACUGGCUGAGGCUCAGAAGCAGGCUGAGGUGCUGGGAUACAGGGCUGUGGUGCUGAGCACAGCCAUACAGGGUGAUGUGAAAAGUGUGGCCCAGUUCUACGGGAUGCUGGCCCGAGUCGCUGGAGCCCGCCUUGCCCUGCCUGGCACUGGAGCGUCUGUGGAGGAGGAUGACCGACUCUGUGAACUUGCUGCUGACCUCCAGCUCCCAGAUCUGCAGCUGAAGGAGGCUCUGGAGGCUGUGGUGGGCGCUCAGGGCCCAGUCUGCCUGCUGGCUGGUGGCGAGCCCACGGUGCAGUUGCAGGGCUCAGGCAAGGGUGGCCGCAACCAGGAGCUGGCCCUGCGUGUUGGAGCGGAGCUGGGACAGUGGCCACUGCGGACUGUGGACGUGCUGUUUUUGAGCGGCGGCACUGAUGGGCAGGAUGGGCCCACGGAGGCAGCCGGGGCCUGGGUCAGGCCUGAGCUCACCAGCCAGGCCGCCGCCGAGGGUCUGGACGUGGCCACCUUCCUAGCCCACAAUGACUCACAUACCUUCUUCUGUCGCUUCCAGGGUGGGGCACACCUGCUGCACACGGGGCUGACCGGCACCAACGUCAUGGAUGCCCACUUCCUGUUCCUGCAGCCGCAGUGA